UCUAGAGGCGACAGUAGUACUCACUCUGACUGACUCCUCUCUUCCUUCUAUUCCCAGGGGUCCUGUGGCUGUGCAUCACAGCUGAGUGUCUCUACCUCAUCCUGCUGUUCACAGGUGGUGUACUCAUGUGGUUAGAGCUGUGUCCUUGCCUCAGCGUCAUGAACAAGCUGAAGCUCAACGCCUUUGCUGCCAUGUUCACCGCCCUGUCAGGCCUUUUGGGGAUGGUUGCCCACAUGAUGUUCACCACGGCCUUUCAGCUGGCUGUGGCUAUGGGUCCGGAGGACUGGAGGCCCAAGACCUGGGACUACAGCUGGUCCUACAUCUUAGCAUGGGGCUCCUUCGCCACCUGCAUGGCUUCUGCAGUGACAGCACUGAACAGGUACACCAAGACCAUCGUAGAGUUCAAGUACAAGCGGCGGAACAUUGAGAAGAACCUGAGGAUCAAGCAGAAGCUGCUGGAGAUGGACCUGCCAGAGCAGAUGUGGGACAUGUACCUGACGGCUGUGCCUGCAAGGGGAGAAGGAAAUGCUGGGCCUCUGGACCUCCCUGACAAUGGGCACAAACCCUCCACUGGAGCAGCCUAUGUAAUGGGCCUGGACAGCAUGACAGAACCACAGGGAGAGGCCUACUGCUAAGACAGUGGUCACCAACCCUGGGCCUGCAGGGCCCCAUUCAAAUACUGUUAGAAUGUACCUUCCAUCCUCCCUUCAUUGAGGUUAUGACUGCUCCAACAUGAUUGGAUAGGUUCCAAUUCAAAACACAAAGGUGAGGAAGAAAGGAUGCAUUUUCACAGUAUCAGAACAGGGCCUAGGAGAUCUAUUAGGCUUUACAGGACCAGGCUUGGUGACCUCUUCAUUAAAAUGACCAUAAAUUGGCUCUCAUAUACAGGAUCCAAACUCACUAUAUAGGGCAUAAUGGAUCCCAUUGAGAAGAUCAUUACUAAUAUUAUGGCCAAAGGAACAUGGAGCUGACUGAAUAAACAACACUUGUCCUCAA